AUGUUUUGUUUUGUUUUGUUUCAAUUUUAUAGAGUGGCCCUGCGUAUCAGGCCUUUGACCCAAAAAGAACACCUCUCGAAUUGCACCGAAUGUAUUGUAGUAUCGCCGGACCAACCAGAGAUCCGGAUCGGAAAUGAUCACAUGUUCACCUACGAUUAUGUGUUCGAUAAUCACUCUGAACAAGCAAAUGUUUAUUUGAAAAGCGUCCAGCCUCUAGUAGAGAAAUAUGUAGACGGAUUCAAUGCAACUAUUCUCGCCUAUGGUCAAACAGGCUCAGGGAAAACCUUUAGUAUGGGCACUGCUCUUGACGAACAUACGACACCACAAAACCUCGGAAUCGUUCCACGUUUCAUUGACGAUCUGUUCAGUCGUUUGGCCGAUAAGCAGCAGCAGUCGCCAGAUUUCAGCUCUACUGUCCUUGUUUCUUUUCUAGAACUCUACAACGAAGAUUUUGUUGACCUACUCAACGCCCAGACAUUUCACCAGUCUCGGAAACGCACACCUUCUGCUGUAAGCGAAGUAUCGAUCCGAGAAGAUGUUCAUGGCAAUCUCUAUUGGAGUGGUGUCCGGGAAGAAGUCUGCACCAAUCCUGACCAAUUACUCGAACAUCUCACCAAAGGGUCUUUGUGUCGCACUACUGGUUCAACAGACAUGAACUCUGUGUCAUCUAGAUCACACGCCAUAUUCUCGGUUAUCCUUAAACAGCAAAUUCCAGAAGAAGAACCAACCGGUGCUUCUGGGCAACGUUCAACACGUACUAUUGUCAGCAAAUUCCAUUUUGUCGAUCUGGCUGGUUCAGAAAGGCGAACAAAUGCACAAGGUGAUCGUGCUCGAGAAGGAAUUGCCAUCAAUGCAGGUCUUCUUGCUUUAGGAAAUGUCAUUAGUGCCCUUGGCGACGAGUCACGGAAAUCAACUCACAUCCCUUAUCGCGAUUCUAAACUCACUCGACUUCUUCAAGACAGUCUGGGCGGUAACUCACAAACCCUAAUGAUGGCUUGUGUGUCUCCAUCGGAUUCCAAUUUCAUGGAAACACUGAGUACACUCAAGUAUGCAAACCGUGCGAGGAACAUUAAGAACCGGGUCAGUCAGAACCAGGAGUUCGCCGGUGCUUCUGUCGAGGUCAGCAAACUGCGGGCGCAGAUUGCUAAACUUAAACAA